AUGAUGAGCAUCUACGAAAAUCUGCCCUUCGGCUCACGUAUUGUGUUUGAGAAUUUGCCCAAGAACGUUUCAAAAGCUCGCAUUUGCGUUGUUCCUACGCAUUACCUCGAAAGACAACUCCUCUCCGUCCCAACGCUGACCAAGUAUUGGGGGGAGGAGAUCAACCUACCACGCACCGUCGACAUCAACGAUGUUGUGUAUCUGUCUCAGUUACACGACAGUGUCUGUCUUGUGGAAAUAGAAGGCAAAACAUGGAUAUUCAAAGCUUUGACAAGUUACACCAAAUAUCUCUACCACGAGCUCAGACAGCUUCUCAGAAUGCCACCACACCCCAACGUCGUUUCCCGGCCAGUUCAUCUUGUCACAAAGAAGUGCAGUUUCGGUAACAAGACGGCAGUCAUAGGGUUCACCCUGGAAUAUCACGUCUACGGAAGCCUGCGUGACCUGAUCCCAUUCAUGCAGCUCCACGGUCAGGUGUCGCUUGCCGAGAAAACGAAAUGGUCCCUGCAACUUUCCUCCGCCUUGCUACAUCUCCACAACGUCGCACAUUUCUUCUAUCCAGAUCUCAGGUUGGACAACAUUGUUCUGUCCGAGUCUCGUGAUGCCAUCAUGGUGGACUUUGAGCAGCGUGGCGUUUGGUGCGAGUUCGCGGCGCCGGAAGUCAAUGCUAUCGAGUAUGUCCGGUUGCUGGCCAUUGAUGAUGAAAUUGAUCCAGACAUUCGUGACAAAUACGCCGGUAUUCUGUCAGAAAUGCUCCCUGGAUGGGAGCAGAUGGGUCAAGGAGAGGACUACAUCUGGCCCUCCCAAGGCUACAAUGUGCCUUGGGCAUGCUUAACACGCACUGAAGAGGAAGCCUGUGAGGUUUACAUGCUUGGAAGGGUCCUCUGGUGCAUCUUCGAGGCUAGCAGUGCUCCCCAGCGAGCUGCUGUGUGGCUAUCGUACCCGUGGGAGCCACUAGUAGAGUUCCCGGGUUACACUACAACGCCGGAACCCAUCAGGCAGCUCAUUGAUGCCUGCACGCGAGGAAGACAGAUAGGUCUAAGCAAAUAUAUAGUCAGAAAGCAGAAAAAGUUGGUGAUACGGGAGCUGGAGAACACGGAGGAAUCUACUCCUGAGCAGGUUCAACAGGUGGCAAGUGACUGGUGGACUAGGGAGAUUGCCUUUUCAGAGAAAUGGUUGAGUGAGCGUGCAGAAGGUAUGAAGAGGGGCGAUUGGAAUGAAAACUACUACAACCGCCCCAAGCUGCAAGAAGUUCACGACGCUCUCAAUGCUUACAAGCAGCAGAGUGGAUAUGCAUUCUAG